UAGACAACUGCAGCUGUUGUUUCCGUGGCAUUGGUGCGUAGCAGACGACCAUUAUUUGAAUAAAAAAUUUUCGUCAGUCAAAUGGCAGCGCGACACACGUGGAAAUCUUAUUUACUUUGGUGUGCAAAUGAACAUGUGUCCUUCAGAAUUCCUGAAGUUGAAGCUAUUUUAGCAAUGUACAAAAUUCCACAUACAUGGAUAGAAAAACCAGCAGAAAAUCCUUGGAUGCUCAUUUCCAUGCCCAGUGAGGACUGUGCAGUAAAGCUGAUGAAGAGAUCUGUCACAGUUCGGUCCAUAAUCGAGUUAUGGGCAAGAGCGACAACAAAAGAACACCUUGAUGACCAACUAAAAACUCUACCUACUGAACUUACAUCUUAUUUCGAAAAGGAAAACACAUUCAAAGUUGUGGUGGAUACAUUUAAUAAAGUAACGAGCCAAGAGGAUAAAAUUAAAAAAAUUGAGUCUUUUAGUUUUCUGCCUAUUCUUGGAACUGCCAAUUUGAAAAAUCCAAGUGUGACCUAUCAUUAUUAUGAAUUUUUUGGACUUGAUGCAGGACGUAUUCCGGAGAAGCCGUUUGAUUACUUUUUUGGCAGAUGGGUUUCCAAUAGCGAAAGAUCGGCUGUAGAAAAAUACUCCCUAAAGACUAGGCAUUUCAUUGGCAACACGAGCAUGGAUCCUAAAUUGUCGAUGAUUAUGGCUAACCUUGCCCAGAUUGACGCUGGCCAUAUAGUUGUUGAUCCUUUCGUUGGAACAGGAUCUCUUCUAGUAGCCGCAGCCCAUUUCGGUGGUUAUGUUUGCGGCACGGAUAUUGAUUAUCUCACACUUCACGGGAAGAUGAAACCUAGUAGAGCUCAUCAAAAGAAACGUCAACCAGAUGAAGAUAUCAAAGGGAACCUUAAGGCAUACAAUCUUUUUUCGCGCUAUUUGGACGUAUUUGUGGGUGACGCAUCUAGGCCCGUUUGGAGGCCGGAAUUCCGUUUCGAUUCCAUAAUAACCGAUCCCCCCUACGGCAUCCGUGAAUCGACAGAGAAAGUGGGUAGCAAGAAAGUAGCUCCUGUUCCGGAAGAGCUAGCUUCACCACAUUUCCCUUCAAAAACCCAGUACGGUUUAGGCGAUAUGUAUAAAGAUCUUCUUAAUUUUGCCGCCAAUAACCUCAAACUAAAUGGAAGAGUGGUAUUUUGGAUUCCGAUUAUAAGAAUGGAAUACGAUCCUGACCUCCUACCUGAACAUCCCUGUCUUGAAAGGGUAUCCAACAGCGAGCAAAUCCUUAAUUUGCAUUCCAGCCGACGGUUAAUCACUAUGCAAAAAACAAUGGAACCCAAAGAAGCAGCAGAUUCUGCAAUAAUCCAUGAUCUGCAAUACACUUUCCGCCACAAGUUCUUUAACACCAGUGAAAUUAAAGGACGUGCCAGAGAAGAUGUGCAAGCCGAAUAUCUCACUAAAAGAAGCAAACGUGGAAACGGAGUAGCAAAAUUGCCAUGUCAUGAGUAAAUCAACGAAUUUUUAAUGCGACGCGCAAUACACGAUUGAAGUAAGUAA